AAAGUCAUAUGGGUUCGUUUUCAUUAUAUUCUAAUACAGAAAUGGUGGCCCCAUCGAAACACUAACCUUAUUAAACAUGUACACAUCAAAACAAUAAACACAAGAAGAUGAGUUAUGUGAAUGGGCCCAACUGAAUUAAUUGUCAAUUCCCAAGUGUCCUGAGUUAGAUUGGUCUCAACUCUCGAGAUAACAAUUUCAUUUCUGGUUUGUAAUCUCUGCCUACUUUACUUAUCUUCUUUCUUUCUUUCUUUCUUCUCACAUAAUGACAAAACAAAUUAAUUAUCUUACAAACCACAAAGAUUCGAUCUUUACACUCAUUUCAUCUAAAAGCUUCAAACUUUCUUCAUCUCCAACCUCAAAUCCAAAAUGGGUUCUUCUUCUCACUUGUUAAUAAUAACAAUAAUCUUCACAAAUGUAUUACUCUCAACAGUUCAUUCUGGUGGUGACCACAGUACCAACAAUGGACCUUCAACCAUAGUAACAAAACAUCUCUCUUUCCCAAAUUUCAAUUCCAUCACAAACCCAAGAAUUCUAGAAGACAUUAAGCUUCUGGGCAGUGCUAAAUUGUCAAAAAGAUCCCAACUUCAAAUCCCAGAUGAAUCACAAGCUUUCGAUCUAAGACACCAAGCAGGAAAAGCCAUUUUCUCAUCACCAAUCAGACUCUACGACCCUCCAACUCAAACCCCAGCUUCAUUCCAAACAACCUUCUCUUUUCAAAUCCACAACUUUUCCGGCAACAACGCCGGCGCCGGCGGCAGUGGACUGACUUUCAUCAUAGCCCCAGAUGAAUUCACAGUGGGAAGACCAGGGCCAUGGCUGGCUAUGAUAAACGACGCUUGCGAUAAAGAUUACAAGACAGUGGCAAUCGAAUUCGACACUCGUAAAAAUCCAGAAUUCGGUGACCCAAACGACAACCAUGUCGGAAUCGAUUUGGGUAGCAUGGUUUCGGUCAAAACAGUCAACGCUUCAGAUGUUGGUGUGUUCUUAAACGACGGCUCGGCUCACCGAGCUUGGAUUGAUUACGACGGUUCACGCCGUUGGCUUGAUAUUCGGCUUGGCUUAAACGAUGGAAGUUACCCUUCGAAACCGGUUUUUUCUGAGUCUCUUGAUAUUUCUCCUUACCUUAAAGAAUAUAUGUUUGUUGGGUUUUCAGCUUCGACUGGUAACAGAACACAAAUCCAUAGUCUUCUUUCGUGGAAUUUCACUUCAAAGAGUGAAGCUUUACUUAGAAUUCCUUCCUCUGAAACAUGUGAGAAUAAAAUCACAGUUGAUCACACCGGAAAAAUGAUUAAAACUAAGCCUCCGACAAGUUUCAUGAUCUUCAUGGCUGUGGUUGUGUUAGCUUUAGCUGUUUUAAUCAGUUUAUAUUACAGCAGAGGAAGUAAAAACGAGAAAAGAAACGAUGUCGUUUUACCUGAAAAAAAACAGAGACCCACGCCGCCGUACAAGCCGCGCCGGUUCACAAGCUCCGAACUUUACUCCGCCACCGGCUCAUUCAGCGAGUUAGAAAUUCUGGGCAUGAAUUCAAAUUCCAAAAGCGUUUACUACAGGGGAAAACUCACCAAUGGUUGCCACGUGGCAGUCAAACGAUUUCGGUUGACUUUUUUAGUGGUGGACAAGAAACGGUUUUUGAAAGAGAUUGUGGCUAUUAGCAAAGUUCGUCACCCUAAUCUUGUUCCAAUUCGAGGUUGGUUUCAAGAUCAGAGGGAGAUUAUGGUGGUUUAUGAUUUUUUCACUAAUGGAAGUCUUGAUAAAUGGUUGUUUGGGGUUGGAGUUCUUCCAUGGACGAGGAGAUUUAAGGUUGUUAGAGAUGUGGGUGAGUGUUUGAGUUUCUUACACUCUAAGCAAUUGGCUCACAAGAAUCUCAAAACGACAAGUGUCUUUCUUGAUGUGAGUUUUAGAGCUAUGUUGGGUGAUUUUGGUUUUGUUUUGUGUGGGAAUGAGUCUAAGAGGUUUGAAUCGGCUGUGAGUCAAAGUGUUGAUGUUUUUGAGUUUGGACUCUUUAUUUUGGAAGUUGUCGCCGGAAGGAGGCGGCAGUCGGAGGGUUCCACGGCGGCGCCGGAGGAGGAGGAGGAGAUGAGGGAUUUGUUGGGUUGGGCUUGGAGAUUGCAUGAGAGUGGUGAGUUAGAGAAGUUGGUGGAUAAGAGAAUGGGCCUUGUGAUAAAUUUGGAUCAAGCUAUUAGGGUUUUGGAAAUUGGGCUUCUUUGUACGUUGAAUGAGUCCAAAGGAAGGCCCAUUAUGGAUGAGGUUGUUGAGUUUUUGGGUAUGGAGAGACCGAUUCCUGAGUUGCCACUGAGUCGACCCGUUUCUUUGUUUCCUUAUAAUAGUAUGAAUGUGGGUCUUUGUAGUAUUGGUUACUCUUGUGCUCCUUUUAAGUGAAGUGAAGAUUUAGAAAAUUUUA